AUGCAAUCACACCUCGUCUCGCCCACGAGACGAGCGAACUCGACCAGGACGACUCCCACCCUGCCUUCCCUACCACGCCUCCCUGUCCCCCUUCUUAAUGCUACACUGAGCGCAUACCUCAAAUCAUUAGAGCCCUUUCUCCUGGAGGAUGCUGCCCGUGGUGGGCCAGACUUCAAGACCGCCUACGAUGCCCGUCUGAAGCUCGCACAAGACUUCGAGCAAGGCAUUGGGUCUAUAUGCCAGCGACGCCUACUCGAGCUCGAUAAGCACUCCCCGCACAAUUGGCUCGACGACAACAUCUGGCUACAAAAGGCUUACCACGAAUGGAGGGCGCCCCUCAUCGUCAACUCUAACUGGUGGCUCGCGCUUGCCGAUGACCCGUCUGUUCCGCCUGCCGUAAGAUACCCUAAGCAUCAGGUCUCUGGCUUUACGAACUGGCAGAUCCGUCGCGCGGCCUGGCUCGUGCAUCGAGUGCUGGACUUCAAGGCUCAGCUUGAUCGACAAGACAUCUACCCAGAUACCACACGGACAGGUCUCUGGUUCCGGCAUGCUGCACUUCAGUCCUUCCACAAGUGCCGAAUACCCCAGCGCGGAUGCGAUCGCCUCUCCACAGUGCCAUCUCCGUCCGACCCCAGCUCUCGCAAGCUCCUCGUGAUGGUCGCCGACUGGAUGUAUGCGGUCGACGUGGUCGACUCGGACGGCGGCUCUCUCCCUCCGAACACCAUCGAGAAGAGGUUACGCGUCAUCGUGCAAGAUGCGGAAGCUCGGCUGGAAAGAGGAGAGCGUCCCGUUCCAAUAGGUGUGCUCACGACGGACGAUCGCGAUAUAUGGGCAGCGAACCUCGAACACCUUCUUUCCCUCUCCCCCUCGAAUCGCACCCUCUACACCACACUCGCCUCCUCCGUCUUCGCCCUCAGCCUCGACCCGUACGCCUACACCCUUCCUCCGUCUCACCAGACUCACGACGCGGACCUCGCCACGCACCUGCACAACGUUCGUUCCGGCGACGGGGCCCGCCCGGGCCACAACCGGUGGUACGACAAGCCGUUCACGCUCAUCGUCGAGGCGAACACCCGCGCUGGAGUGCUUGGGGAGCACUCCCCCGUUGACGCGCUCGUGCCGAGCGUCGUCGCGGACUACGCGAUCGUGCAGGGAGUGGACGAUGGUGCGUUCUCUGCUCCUCUGAAUCCGUCGGAGGAAGUGGAGGCGGACGAGGAUGUGCACUUCAGGGGCUGGGAGCGUAUGGACUGGGUCGUCGACGGCGCGAUCGUGCAGGCGUGCGAGGAGACUGCCAUGCGCGCUAAGGUGGUCGUCGACGACUCGGACGCGGACGAGCUCGUGUUCGACGCGUACGGCGUUGACUGGAUCAAGAACGAAGCCGGCCUCUCGCCCGACGGCUACAUCCAGAUGGCGCUGCAGCUCGCGUGGUACCGCACGCGCGGCGAGUUCACUGCGACGUACGAGACCGCGCUCACGCGUGCGUUCCAGCACGGGCGCACGGAGACGAUCCGGACGCUCUCCGCCGACAGCCAGGCGUGGGUGCUCGCUAUGGCCGAUCCGCAUUGUGAGGACGCGACACGUCUCGAGCUGCUCCGACGUGCAGUACAGACGCACACUAGCCUGACGCGGCGCGCGGCGACGGGCCGCGGGCUCGACCGACACCUGCUCGGGCUGCGCCUCAUGCUGCGUCCGGACGCGGGCGAGUCGCAUCCCCUAUUCGAGGACGAGCUCUUUGGUCGCAGCCAGGCCUGGAAGCUGAGCACCAGCGGGCUCAGCGCUGGAUACCAGUUUCGGGGGACUGGGUUUGGUGCUGCAUACCCUGAUGGCUAUGGGAUUAACUACAUGCCUGCCCUAGAUAGACUGAGGUUUGGUGUUGAGUCCAAGCACUCUUGUGCACAUACUAGUACCUGGUUGUUCAUGGCAGCUAUCACUAAUGCACUUCAGGAUAUGAAGGCACUGUGUACAUCUACCUUACAAGCCCACCUAUAAUCAAUAGAAUCACAUCUUGC